UCUCGUCUCUUUUCUCCAUCCUGUGCAUGGCGAACGCACAUUGGUGCGCGUCACACUCUUUCUAACAGCCAAGGCUGAGGGCAUCGACAGCAGCGUGGUAGCAUGGCUACGCCGGCCCAGCAGGUUGAGGCUGCAAAGUCGGCGACAGGGUUGGCAAUCGAUGGCACGCGAGCUCUCUUCGGUGGUACGAGACAACAAGGGCUUCGCGCGGGCACGAGCAGGUUCUUGCAGCAAGGCUGGUUCGUAGGGUGGAAGGCGGCCAUGGCGAUCUACUGCAUCGUGUGGGCCGCUUGGUGGGACAGAGGAGAAGACCUCGAUCUUCGGAUAUACCUCGCGACGUGGACACAUAUGCUCGCGACAGCUUAUUUCGUUAUAUCAUUGAUAUCGUCGUUGCUGUGCAUGGCGUACCUUGCUCGAGAACGACCGGCACCGGUGGAGGAAGGGAAGCCGAAGAGACCGCCUCCGGUGAAGGGCACCAGAUCGCCGGUGCCCUGCUACUUCCGUUGGCUCCAGCACAUCAGCUGGGUGCUGACUUGCAUCAGCUCGAUGGUGGUACUGUCGGUCUUCUGGAUGACAAUCUACGAGAGCGACGUGCCGGUAACCAGCGUCUACGUUGGCUCCACCAUCCUGGCGCUCUUGAUGCUGGUGGAUCAGUUUCUGAUCGCGACAGAGAUGAAGUUCAAGUACGCCUGGCUUGGCCUCUACUUCUUCGUGGUGUACAUCUUCUACAACGUGAUCUACUACUACGAGCACAACGUGGAAGAUAGGGUGACGUUCGAGGUAUUCGAUUGGGACGAGAGGCCGGGCAGGGCCUGCCUAUGGGUGUUCCUGAUCCUCGCCUUCGGUGUGCCGGGCUUCACGGCCCUUCACGUCUUCGUGUACAGACUUCGCGAGCGAAUGUACACGUCCUACAAGCACAACCUAGAGGUAAUCGAGGAGCCGGCGCCGAAGACUGAAAAGGAGGAGAAGAAGGAGGCCAAGGAGAAAGAGAAGGAGGAGAAGAAGGAGGAGAAGAAGGAGGCCAAGGAGAAAGAAAAGGACAAGAAGAAGGAGAAGAAGGAGAAGAAGAAGGAGGAUCCGCCGCCGGCAGUGGUAGACGCACCACCGUUGCUGGCGCCUGCAGCGCUUGGAGGGGGGAUGGCGCUAGCGGCGGCGCCGCCACCCCAGGUGCAGCAGGGGGGGUACUACUACCCGGGGUACCCUCCGCCCCCCAUGGCGUACCCUGGGCCCCCGCCAACGGGCCCACCCGUCGCACCCCCCGGUUCAAAGCGGGAAAAAGUUAAGCAUGGUGUCGAAAUGAUGCAACAAAUGGGUCUCAUGUAGGUUGGCCCGCUGGUGCCGCUGCUUUCGAAGAAGAGGCCGAGGGGACUUCUGCUUUGCUGGCGGUUGGGAGUGGGAGGGCGCACUAUUUUCUUUCAAGCAUUGUUGAGGAGGGAAGUGGGAACAACAGGGAGGCGUGGGGCGACAUCGUGAGGGGGGGGGGAAGAGCACCAUGCGUACGUACGUGUACGUGCUGGCGUGAUUUUCCGUGCUAAAGGCGCUGUCUUUGGUGCCACCCGUGGCCCCCCUGUGCGCCACCGGUGAUAUGCGUCCUCGGCGAUGCGCAAUUGCGAAGGAAGGAUAUGGACCGCUAUGCUUGCGCGUAGCGGCGUGGGGGAGGGGNGGGGGGAGCGGGGGGCAGACCCAGGAGGGGCCUGCGGAUUUGGGGGGGUGAGAGGGCGGCGAGGUAUGGCAAAACGUAUUCAACAAUCUCUCGGGAAAGGGAGCAUGGCAAGCAGCACACUUGCCAAUGGCGAUGUUGCGCUUGUCACGUGUAUGCCCACACGACGGAUUGGGCGCGCCGGGGGGUCAAGUUGGAUCGGUAAGCACGGUGAUCGUACGGCUCUGGAUUUAUUCGUUGGCGUCAGUUGAAGUUUUUUGUUCACGUCCAUUUCGAGUUUUUUGUACUUCCCUUGAGACAAGCGUGGUCGGCAGGGGGGUACUGAAGCUGUGGGACGGCGCGUGAACUUUGGUUGUUUACGUCGAGAUGGGAUGAGUACCGUAGGCCCCAGUGGGGGUCGAAAGCGUUGGGAACGCGCCGUCCUUGUUUUCUGCCUUCCCCGGUGGUCACGCACCCUCGAGGCAGUUACACAGUGCUUAUAACUGUCUCUGGAAGUGAAAGCACCAAAAACUAAAUUAACUCAUACGCAGCUGUCAUCCGUACGCAAGUAAGCACAAGAUGCCGAACACCCUUAGCAGCAUGCAGCACACCCUUCAUGCGACUCGCCGAAUACCUGACGGUGCUUCGCGCUUGGUGAUGUGAGAGCCUGGUCCGGUGAGAACCCGGCGUGCUCGGUCGCGGCUUCGUAGGGAUGGGAGGUCAAUGGUCUAACGACUACGGCAUGCACGACUAUGAGUACACCCCCCCCCACCCCGGUGAUGGAGACCCCAAUCGGUCGGAAGCGUUGCGUACUAAUGCUGUUGCAGCGCGUAUCAGCCCCCAAGCUAGCGGUAGAGUUAUGGACAACAGGACGAGCGACGUGUUGUCUUCUCCCCCUAAUGUCUUGACGUUCCAACAAACCUUUCGCGUAUCUCAGGCAAUCGUAGUAGUAUAGCUGCUGCUGCCAUGUUGGAACCUUCCUGGUUGUUUCGGGGAAAGCGAUGCUUUCAGGCGGCCGAGAAAAUGUUGUCGACAGGAAGGUGUGGAGGGGAGGGUGAGCUUCGCGUUCAUUUUACGUUUAUAGAGCGUGCCAGCUGUGGCACAGGCUGGGUUGGCCGGCGUCCGUUGUGUGUGCGUCAAGAUGAUUUUUCGUUUUUCGUGAGUGUGGAGGUACUCGGCGUGUUUCGAGGAUAUCGACCAUGAUGGCUGCUUCGGUAGGACACAGGCAGCGCAGCUAAUAGAUGCCGAGUUUGGUAUGUAGGUCGGCAAGUGGUGUGACAGUAGUUGUGGAGUGUCCUUGUUCCCAGGUGUUGCCGGUGUGCGUCGCGUACAAUCCCUGUGCCGCCUGACAACGUGUAUACUUCAUGUUUUGAGUGUUGGGCUUGUGCGCCGCCUUUUUGGGGUCUGUGUUACGGCGCUACAGUAUCUGUUUGUUAUGUAUUGGAUGACGUUUUACGGAGGGUGCGGUGUGCUGUGGUCGGUCAUAUCCGUGGGUGACAUGUUUGGCUGCUGCCAACUUGCAGAGCGAAGCGGAGAGUGCCACCGCUUGCUUGUCGAGGAUUGAACGUGCGAGAUAGCAGGGCUACUGGGACUGUUCAUAUUCCGCUUGGCUCUCGUCUCAGAUCUAUUUUGGUGAUAUUUGAUAACGUAUGUAGUGUUCAGAGUGGGCGUCGUGUUGGUGGUGAGCUGCGUCGCUGCGCCUACAUGAGUGCGCGUAAGGAAACGCUGCAUCUGUUGUUUUGGAAGCAAUGAGCCGACGAGGGUCCUUGUGAUGUAAGACGCCUUUCGUGCCUGCCUGUGUUUCUCAUUAAUGACAUUGCGGAGUGCCGAAGUAAUAGUAAUAUCAUUUUCUCAUGAUCGACGAGCAAGGGUGGACAACAGCAAGCGACCGCA